AUGGCUGACGCGGUCGACAAGGUCGCCGACAGUGUGGCCAAGCUCGUGCUGGACGAGGAGACGGGCGACAUGGUGACCAGGAACGAGCUCAAGAAGCGCAUCCAGAAGCGCGCUCGAAAGGCCGCCGCCGCCGCCAAUCGCAGCAACGCCCAGCAGGACAAGGCCGGCAGCGCUCAACCCGCGGCCAAGCCUGCGAAGCCCGAGGAGCGCGUCAUCGACCCGGACGCCAUGUUCAAGCAGGGCUUCCUUGCCGAAGUCUACAAGCUGCGGCCGUCCAAGGAGGUUGUGACGCGGUUCCCGCCCGAGCCGAACGGAUAUCUCCACCUUGGCCAUGCCAAGGCAAUUGCCGUCAACUUUGGUUUUGCCCGGUAUCACGGCGGUCGAACGAUUCUCAGAUUCGACGACACGAACCCCGAUGCCGAGAAGGGAGAAUACUUCGUGGCCAUUGAGGAGACCAUCCGAUGGCUGGGCUUCACCCCCAGCGAAAUCACCUACGCGUCCGACAACUACCAGCGAAUGUACGACCUCGCCGAGAAACUCAUCAAGAUGGAAAAGGCCUACGUGUGCCACUGCGACGACGUCGAGACGAAGAAACAGCGCGGCGGCGAAGACGGCCUGAGCCCGAGAUACCGAUGCGAGCACGCGAACCAGGAUGUCGAGACCAACCUCAGGAAGUUCCGUGGCAUGCGCGAUGGAGAGUACGAGCCGAGGAGCGCCUGGCUUCGCAUGAAGCAGGACAUCGUGAACAACCCCAACCCUCAGAUGUGGGAUAUUGCCGCCUACCGAAUCCCCAAAGACCAGGAGCCGCAUUACCGGACGGGUACCAAGUGGCGGAUAUAUCCCACCUACGACUUUGCGCACUGUCUCUGCGAUAGCUUUGAGGGCAUUACGCACAGCUUGUGUACCACCGAGUUCAUCAUGUCCCGGGAGAGCUACGAGUGGCUGAACAAGCUUCUGGUGGACUUCCAGCCCAUGCAGCGCGAGUACGGCCGCUUGAACCUCAGCGGCACCAUCAUGAGCAAGAGAGGUCUGAGGACAUUAAUCGAGAGCAAUGUUGUUCGCGGAUGGGACGACCCGCGCCUGUAUACCAUCAAGGGAAUCCGACGACGAGGCAUCCCUCCUGGCGCGCUGCUUUCUUUCAUCUACGAGCUCGGCGUCACCACCUCCAUCACCCAGGUCAGCAUCAAGCGUUUCGAGCAGUCGAUCCGAGUCUACCUUGAGAGGACCGUUCCCCGCCUCAUGCUGGUCCUGGACCCGGUUCCGGUUAUGAUUGAGGACGGCGAAGAGCAGGACCUCGACAUUCCCUUCUCUCCCAAGGACCCCAAGUUGGGAUCUCACACCGUUCGCCUCACCAAGACUGUGUACAUUGACCGCUCAGACUUCCGCGAGGUGGACAGCAAGGACUACUUCCGUCUGGCUCCGGGCAAGACCGUCGGCCUUUUGAACGUGCCUCACCCCAUCAAGGCUGUCUCAUUCACCAAGGACGAGACAACAGGUGCCAUCAAGGAGAUCAGGGCCGUCUACGACAAGGAAGGCAAGAAGCCCAAGACGUAUAUCCAGUGGGUGCCUGAAGGCUCGCUUCCAGCCGAAGUGCGCAUCCACGAGCCGCUGUUCAAGUCGGACAGUCCCGGCUCUGCGCCUGGCGGGCUCUUGAGCGAUGUCAACCCCAACAGCGAGACCAUUUGGCCGAACGCAUUGAUCGAGACCGGUUUCCACGAGGUGAAGCGACGCGCACCGUGGCCCGCGGCCGAGGGCGAGAAGACGGGCGAAGUUGGCCCUGAGACUGUCCGGUUCCAGGCCAUGCGUGUUGCCUACUUUGCUCUUGACUCGGACAGCACCGAUGACAAGAUUGUACUCAACCGUAUUGUGGCUUUGAAGGAGGACUCUGGCAAGAAUGCCUAG